UUACAGAUAUGAUAGACAAGAUAACGGAUCAUGUAUACCUGUCGGGUGCAAGAGAUGUGCUCAAUGGAACAGAUUUACGUAAGCUUGAGAUUACGCACGUCCUCACGGUGUCAGCAGUGGCGAUUCCGAUGGAUAAACGUCUUCCUAACAUCGAGUACCAAUUUCUUUUCGCUAUGGAUCUCCCCAAUCAGGACCUGCUUGGAACGGGACUUUUGGCUCAAGGCGUAGAGUUUAUCUCAAACGCUGUACAAACCGGUGGAAAUGUACUAGUACACUGUGAAGUUGGCGUUUCACGCAGUGUCACCGUAGUAGCAGCCUACGUUAUGCAAAAAUUCAAGUUCCCUCCAGAGAAGGCACUCGAAUUUAUCAGGAAGUCUCGGCCAAUAGCUUAUCCAAAUGAAGGCUUCUAUGCGCAGCUGCAACUAUACGAGAAACUUGGCUAUCAGCUCGACGAAGCGACAUUGUCAAAUAGUCGUGAUUACAAGGAAUGGUGCAUUGCCAGUGGCAACGUGCCAAACAAGGGAUCUGACGAGCGAGCGACCACAUUUGUCAGAGAUGUCGACGCAGAGAACACGGGCAAAUCGCGAGGUAGUAAAUUCAGAUGUGGAAAGUGUCGUCAUGUGCUUUUCUUUGGCGAACACCUCGUCACGCACAAACGUUGCGAUGGCAAGAAUUGCGAGUUUGGUUACUUGAUUGAACCAAUGAAAUGGAUGGAUGUAUCUGAAUAUGAGGGCAAGGUAAACUGUCCAUCAUGUAAAAUCAAGCUAGGAAACUAUUCUUGGGGUGGCCGACAAUGUCAUGGUGAACCCGGUGCAAAGUGUGUGCAACAUGUAACACCUUGGGUGCAUCUACAUCGGGACAAAAUUGACGAAGUCACGACACAAUCUCCUAUCGAACGGGUGGUACACGCUCCUCCUCGCCAAAUUCCUGCUGUGAUCAUAUCUUGACAGAAAGUUGGAGUUGUUAUUAUGUCAUGAGAAAAAAUUUAAGAAAAUACGUCGGAUGCAUGAAUUAAAUUGUCUCCAUUAUUCUUGAAUAAUGCUAAGUGCCAAUACGAAAGAGGAAGACCUUGUUUGAAUUAAAAAUACCCUAAUUUUCUGCGCAGUCACACAACUAUGG